CUUGGACCACCUCCACCUCGACCACGCACCCUCCCCUUCAACACUCCAAUUCCGCCUAAAAUGUUCCGAACAGCUCUUCUCAGAUCGGCAAGGCAAGCCAUCCGCUCCGCACCGAGGUGCCAGACCCCAAUUGCUCGUCCCGUUGUGCGAAGCUCCCUCUUCCAAUCGAAGCACAUUACUCCCGCUGCAUACUUUCAGGCAGUACGAUGCUAUUCCGCACAUGCCGGUCUAGCGAAAGAAGAGGUUGAGGGUCGAAUAAUGGACUUGCUGAAGAACUUUGACAAGGUCACCGAUACAUCGAAGCUUAAUGGUCAAUCACACUUCCACAAUGAUCUCGGUCUCGACAGUCUCGACACGGUGGAAGUGGUUAUGGCAAUUGAAGAGGAGUUUAGCAUUGAGAUUCCAGACAAAGAGGCGGACGCUAUCCACAGCGUCAAGCAGGCAGUAGACUACAUCUUGGCUCAACCUGAUGCGCACUAAGUGAGCUGGGUAGGGUAGUGUGCUGUAUUUCAAGGAUAUGCAGGAAUUGGGUAGCCGGGGUGACAUCAGGCCCCGACUUUAUUAUACAUACAUUCCGCUGCUUGUAAAACAAUCGCCAGGAAUGGCAUCCCAUGUACGAACGAUUAGAAUAUGAUGCUGUCCACUUCAAA